GGGGGGGGAAUGCAAAACCCCAGUGCUAUUGAUAGUUGUUAGGAGCCGGAACCGGAACCGAAACCGAAACGAAACUCCUAAGUUAAAAGAAAAGAAAAAAAAAGCAAGUUUGCCAAUAACAAUGAAUGUAGUAAUAGCAUCAUCUUCAAUCGAUGGCGGCAUAGGUUGCUGGGACCUACAAACAGGGGCGGAGCAACUCCGUUACAAGACUUGUGCCUCACCUCCCCACGGUCUUGCCUCCAUAGGUUGCUGUUUCCUCGCCUGCUCUCAACUUCGCGACCCCUCCGCCACCUCCGGCCACGUCCUUUAUUGGUCUUGGUCCAAGCCUCAAGCGCAAGUUAAAAGCUUUCCCGCGGAACCUAUUAAACCGCUUGCUGCUAAUAGCGAAGGUAGUUAUAUUGUUGGUGGAGGUUCAUCUGGCGACAUUUACUUCUGGGAGGUUGCUUCGGGUAGGUUAUUAAAGAAAUGGCACGCUCAUUAUAGGGCAGUUACAUGCUUAGUUUUCUCCGAGGAUGAUUCAGUCCUCAUUUCUGGGUCAGAGGAUGGAUGUGUUAGAGUUUGGUCGCUUUUCAUGAUAUUUGAUAAUGUUAGACAGCAGCAGGCAAGUCAUCUUUAUGAGUAUAGUUUUACUGAACAUACUCUGCGAAUAACGGAUAUCGUUAUGGGUUAUGGUGGAUGGAAUGCAAUUAUUGUGUCGGCUUCUGAGGACCGCACGUGUAAGGUAUGGAGCUUAUCCAGGGGAAGAUUAUUAAGAAAUGUUGUGUUUCCUUCCAUCAUUGAUGCAAUUGCUAUAGACCCUGGUGAACAUGUUUUCUAUGCUGGCAGUCGAGAUGGUAAAAUUUAUAUUGCUGCACUUAAUGCUGAAAGUCCCCCAAGCAACAAUUAUGGAUUGCACAUCAUCGGUUCACUAACUGAUCAAAGUAAGCCUGUUACUUGCUUGGCAUAUAGUGCAGAAGGAAAUUUGCUAUUAUCCGGAUCAGAGGAUGGCAUGGUUCGAGUUUGGGAUGUGAAAACCAAAAACAUUAUUCGCAUGUUCCGACAUUCCAAAGGCCCUGUGAACAAUAUUCUCAUUGUUAGACUACCAUACCCUUUCACUCGGACCGAAUCAAAAGUGCAAGCUUCCUCAAGAAGGCACGAAUCACUCCGGCCUCCUCUAGAAAAAUAUGCAAAUUCAAGCGAUGAAGACAUGGAUAACAAGGCUAUCAUUGCACUCCCGGAUACGAUAGACCUCCCUUCAUACCUCAGUUCUCAGCUAAUCAAUGAUCACGUUAAACAGCUUCAGCAACAAGGAUCUUCAGCCGCGGCUGAAAUGGAAGUGAAGAGACUGAAGCUUGACGGCCAACGAUCUAUGGAGAUGUUUCAGCAAUUGAAAAAAGUUUAUGACAACUUGCAGGAAUUCUGCGUCAAUGAGCUCUUAGAUGGACAAGCAAUGGAAGGAUCCAAAGGGAACUAAGUUUUCGUAAUAUCUUGAUAAAUUACACAAGAAUCUCAUAACAAAAUUUUGUACCUUAAAUGUGUAGCAUUCUGGAAAAACUAUUUAGGUUCAAGACAGAUGAUCAAAUGUUCAUAUAUUGAG